GGAAAGAGUGCGGAGGCCAGCUGCAGGGGAAUAAUUGCAGCAGCAAUGUCCAAUCUGAAGAAAAAUGAAAUGGAAAUCAGGGACAAAGCUAUCUUGCACCAGCAGAGGCGUCUAAAGCAAGCCACACAGUUUAUUCAUAAAGAUUCAGCAGACCUGCUCCCUCUGGAUGGGCUGAAAAGAUUGGGAACAUCAAAAGAUCUGCAACCUCACAACAUUGUUCAAAGACGGUUACUCGAGGGCAACAUCACCAAAUUACAUGGGGACCGGAGGAAUGUAGAGUCUGUGAGUCAGUCACCACUUGCUGAGGAGACAAAGUCCAGUACACACAAGGAUACUGCACGUUCAAAUCAAAGGAACACACUCAGUGUUUUCUGCAAGUGCUGUGACCAAGAGAUCAAAGUCACUAUCAACACAGGCUGCCAACAGAACACAAUCUCUGCCAGUUGCUUGAACAGAAUAGGUUUAAAGGAAAUGCCUGCAGUGGAGAGUGAAGACUGUGGAGAUAACAGAUCCAAAGAUAGUUCAAAAACAAUGGAACGAGUGGAGACAUUAGAAAUCAUGUUGGGGAAAGAGAAAGUAGAGUGUUCCGCUCUGGUAGUAGAUAAUGAGGAUUGUGAGCUAUCUCUUGGUCUUCAGACACUGCUGUCUCUCAAAUGUGUGAUUGACUUGGACAGAGGAGCACUGCUGCUGGGAAAGUCAGAGACUCAACUACCAUUCUUAAAUGUGUCAGAGGAAGAGGAGAAUGAAGAGGAGGAAGAAAAAGAGUGAAAAAAACACUAGAAUCUAGUAUUUUGAACAAAGAAAAGCACAUAUGACAGAUUGACAAC